CACAUCUCCUCCCCACUCUCUUUGCACACUCGGGCUCUCAUUACCCACUCACUCUCACCCGCGUCCUUCUCACUACCACCACAUCCGCGCCCGUCACAGGCGCCAUCAUCGCCCACCCAUGCCGCCCGCCCAGCCGGGCCAGCCGUCCGCCAUGUACAAGUACCUCCAGGACGACAGCGGCCAGUCAACUCUCAAAAAAGUGAAAUGCCAGAGGGCAUGCAAGUUCUGUCGCAAGAGCCACACAACCUGCGAAGACACACGACCAUGCCAGAGGUGCAUAAAGCGAGACAUUGCGCAGCUGUGCCUGCAGGAUGAGGCAGAUCAGCUCGCGCAACAGGCAGCCCAACAACAGCAGCAGCAGCUGGCCGCCGCCGCCGCGGCCGGUAACAGCAACGGUGCCAAGUCUACCAUCCCAGCGAAGCGAAGAGGAUACUCUUUCGAGGCGAGCGACCGACCACCGCCUGAUCGCCGGCCCAGUCUUCCUCAGGGAGCGGGCAGCGCGGCGCCACAGUACCUCGACAGCGCGUCUGCCGGCACUGGCGGCCCUAGUGGAAGCAGUCAAGCGGGCGGGUCAGUGCAGACGCCCUCGCCGAGCCAUCCGCCGGGCACGGACAUGGUUGGCAACGUGCCACUUCCCAACAUGAUGUCGCCGCAGGACUCAUUCCGGUCAGGACCAAUGUCAGGCUUCGAUCAGGAGAUGACGAGCCCGCUCAACACGUCCGGGCGGAUGCCCCAGUGGUACGACCCGGCCUUCCAAACAGACCAGAAUGCACAGCAAGCCCCACAGUCGGUUUCGCAGUCUGCAGCGACCCCCGAGGGCUUUUCGUGGUCGGCACUUGUGGACGGUCUCAUCGACCCAUUGCACUCGCAGUCGCCUUCAGGCGAGUUUGCCUGGCUCAACGCCAACACAGCCAAUACGCCAAACGGGCGCGGACUGCAGCCCAACGCGCACAUGAGCGGCCCCGUAUCCGCGUCACCGGGAAAUUCGGCGCUCAAGAACGAGUCGCCCAUGAGCCCCGACGUGCUCAACAACGACGGGCCUGUGAUGCCAUACAACUACACGUUCGGAUACUCGCGAUUGAAGAGCUGGGCCAAUUCCAUGACGGAUCCUGUCAAGGUGCGCGUCAACGCGGCGACUGACAAGUUCAAGCCGAUCCUGCACUCGUGCUUGUCGCAGUACAGCGAGGAGCAGAUCAUCAGCGUGGAGGUCCAGUUCCUUGCAUACGUGCGCAAUUGGUCGACUUUUUGUGACACGAUCCCUGCUCCAGCUUGCAUCUGGCGACGAACGGGCGAGAUUUACGCGGCGAACAAGCGAAUGCUUGCGCUUAUGGACAUGACUCCGCAAACGUUCCGUCCCGGCAAGAGCGCGCUGUACAACGUGAGCCGGUCGAGAUUCCAGCUGACCGCAGGUUCUGGACCCGAUCUCAUUCAUGGACUACUGGGAGGACUACGGGGGCCAGGUGCUGCACCACCUCUCUGACCGGUCCAACUUCGACACGAUCGUGCCUGUGGCCAUGGCGAACCGGCCGGGCGAGCGGACGCACCUCUUGACGUCCAACAUGGCGUUCGAUACCAUCGGGCUCCCGCUCGUGGCCACUGCCGUGCUCACCCCCCUGCGCCCGCCAAACCGCACCCCGGCGGAGCCCACCAUUGAUGUGCAGGUAGGUGGCACGCAGCUCAAUCCGGUGAUCCGUCCCAUCUCGCUGUCGUCCCUGCGCUACCUGUGGAUGGUGUAGGCGCCACCCACCUCCAUGCAGCCGCGGGGACGUACGAGGUUGGUCACGCUUGGUGCUUUCGAACUGCGCUAACAUCAGAUGGAGUCAUGAGCGACAUGAACAAGAUGAGAGGAAGGAGGAAGAGUAGUGUACGGUACGAAUCUUAGGCUGAGAGCCUGAUCGUGUAU